CUCCCUUCCUCUCCCUGAGAGAACAGUGAAAAGAAAGAAAAGCUGGAUUUUAUUUUAUUGCUUUUAAGAAAAGAGAGAGAUAUUUAUUUUGAAUCUCUUCUAUAUUUCCUCGUUUUAAGCCAUCUAAUUUGUCUAAAUCAAUUGGGCUUCUUUUUCUUUCACUCUUUUCUUUCUUCAAACCCAUUUUUCUACUUCACUCUGUCCUUUAUUUCAAGAAAAAGAAACAAAAUCAUCUUCUGUUUUCAGCCUCCAGACUUGGUUUAGAUGUGUGGUAGAGUUUUAUGGUAUGGGUUUUGCUUUAAUGGAUCUGGGUAUUGUGUACUUUCUUGUUUUGUUUUUACUGUUUUGAUUGCUUCUUUCUCUAAAUGUAGAGCUGUAAUUCCAGGGUUUAUUGAGUUUGAUUAAAUCCUGUUAUUUCUAGCUCCCAUUUCUGACCCUUUUGAUUUUAAGUUCUAAUCCUUUUGUUUUGUUGUUGAACUGUGAUACCAUCAUUUUUGUUACGAUUUCAGCAUUAAUUACUUUACAAGAAAUCUUUUGAGUUUUAAAGAAUUUUCUUAGUUUUAUUUGUGUUAUCAGAUUGUGGUUUGCUUCUCCUCAAAUUUUAUUUUAACAGUUUUAAGGUUUUUUUAUUUUUAUUUUUUCAUAGUUACAUUUAAGUUUUAGACUAGAUGGUUUUGCGGUGUUAGAUUUUGCGAGAUCAUAGGGUAUUAGUAGGAUUGAUGAGUGUGUGAUCCUUAAACCUUGUCAACCUUCACCUGAGUGCAGGCAUCUUCAUGAGAUGAGCAGCAUGAUGAAUGGGAGCAAGGACAGUAAGAGAUCCAAGGAUUGUCGAGAUUCACCUGCAGCUGAUGAAGCUAAUGGUGGGGAGAUGAUGGGUGGAAUGAUCCCUUUGAAAAAAGGCCCGUGGACCCCUGCAGAAGAUGCUAUUUUGAUAGACUAUGUCAAGAAGCAUGGAGAGGGGAAUUGGAAUGCUGUCCAGAAGCACUCAGGGCUCUUCCGAUGUGGUAAAAGCUGCCGUCUGCGAUGGGCGAAUCACCUACGACCGGAUCUGAAGAAGGGUGCGUUCACUCCAGAGGAAGAAAACCGCAUCAUUGAACUCCAUGCUACAAUGGGAAAUAAAUGGGCUCGAAUGGCAGCAGAGCUGCCUGGACGGACAGAUAAUGAGAUAAAGAACUACUGGAAUACUAGAAUAAAGAGACUGCAACGUACUGGCUUGCCAAUUUAUCCUCCUGAUGUUUGUCUGCAAUUAUUCAAGACGAUUCAAGAUGGUCAAAAUAUGGGCACGUCGCAAACAGGGGACACAUAUGAUCCUGAUCUGAUGCAGACUGACCAUUUUAAGAUUCCAGAAGUGGAAUUCAAAAACCUGGAACUCAGUCGAGAUGUCCUAUCUUAUUCCUCGGGUCUUUUUGAUACUUCAUCAAGCAGCAUGCUGAAACAAGGUGUAGGUUCUUCCUAUGGUAAUGCUGUUGUGUUCCCAACAAUUCAUCCUGCAAAACGCCUUAGAGAGUCACAGACCAUAUUCACUGGUCUUGAUGGUUGUGUUGGCAGGGGAAUGCCAAUGUUUGAUCAAUUGACAGAUUAUCCUUGUGGAAAGAUUAUAGAGCACUCUGGAUUAUCUCCCCCAUAUGAUCCUGAUUUGAGCACCUAUGACCAGCCACCAUGGGAUGUUUUUCCUGGUAGUCAUGCCAUAUUAAAUGACAACACUUCUUCUUCUAACGGGCCCAUAUGUGGGGCCAUGAAGUUAGAGCUCCCUUCACUCCAAUAUUCAGAAUCUCAACAAGAUAGCUGGGGCACACCAACUUCCCCACUGCCUUCGCUUGAGUCUGUUGAUACUUUAAUUCAGUCUCCUCCAACCAAGGAGAUGCGGUCAGAUGGUCAGUCACCACGAAGUAGUGGUCUCUUGGAGGCAGUACUUUAUGAAUCACGAACUCUGAAAAACUCAAAGAAAUGUUCUGGCCACCCAACUUCAGAUGUUUCUGUCGCGUUUGGUGGAGUAAAUGUUUCACCCUUGAAUACCUCUGCAACAGAAUGGGAAGUAUAUGCUGAUCUUAACUCUCCCUCGGGUUAUUCAGCUUCCUCAUUAUUUAGCGAGUGUACUCCUGUGAGUGGAAGCUCCCCAGAUGGACGAGCAUAUAAUGCUGAGCCCGAGCCAGUUGAUCAGGAUUUGAUCCCAUAUGUUGAGGCGAGAAAAGCUUCCGAUCAGACAGACUGCAACAGGCCAGAUGUUUUGCUUGGCUCAGCCUGGUUUGCGCCGAGCAAUAACUGCCACAAGGACCAGUUUUUUCAGACUGAUGAUGUGGUGGCGGUUCUUGGGGGAGAUCAACCAUGAACAGUGAGUACUAGCAAACGUGUUCUAUGAGUUUGUAACUGCGACUGGGAAAUUUGACAUUCCUGCAACCUCCUUUAUAAUCUU